UUCAACCACGCCCGCCGUUCACGUCAGUCCGUAACGUAAGUUUGUGCGUGGUGCUCUGUACAGGGGGGCGUAGGUUUGACCGGCUUUCCAGAGGCAGACACAAUGAACCGUCGGACGAUGUAAAGCACGCAUGUGGGCUGAAGGCACGGGCAAGUUUGGGCAGUAUAUAUUCUUAUUUUGUUUUAUAUAAUUGGAUGUUUUCGAGCAUACGUAUCAGACUUUGACGGUAUAGGGAUAGCUAGAAAGGUCGGUCCAACGAGUUAGUCUGCUAAAAACGAGGUCGACAUCUCUGGCUCGUCCGCUCCGAAAACAAGACGGAAUUUUACAAGAUAAAGGACUUGCUAAAGUCAACGAUAAAACAUUAUGUCGAUGAUGGACUAUUCCGAUUACUUCGCCGCCGAAUGUCUGGUGUCGAUAUCUAGCGGUCCCGUCUUACACCGACCCACCCCAGUUGCAGCCCAGCCCCCUCCCCAGGCCCUUCUUCCUGGGGAGCCUGAAGGGUCGAACGAGGACAGGGAGGUGCGCGAGACGAUGAGACUCGAGGGGGCCAACAUGAUGAAGGUGGCCGGGAUCCUCACGGACCUCCACAGUAAAUUCCGGCCCAUGUCGGCCUACUCGGAAAGCAGCAACUCCUCGUGUGGGGAGAGCGGCUACACCACGUUGUCUGACUCAACUACCCCUACCAUGACCCCCUCUGCUACUCCAAUUCCUGGACAGUACAAUGCCACUCAGCAACAGUGGGGAGGAGGAGCGCCUCGGUCCCCAGUAAAACGACACCAGUGCACUUUCGACGGCUGUGACAGAGUUUAUGGGAAAUCGUCUCAUCUGAAAGCCCAUAUCAGAACCCAUACAGGUGAACGACCCUUUCCCUGCACCUGGUCCGACUGUGAGAAGAAAUUUGCCCGCUCUGACGAGCUGGCUCGCCACAUGCGCACCCACACGGGCGAGAAGCGCUUCCUGUGCCCACUGUGCGACAAGCGCUUCAUGCGAAGCGACCAUCUCAUCAAGCACGCCCGCCGCCACCCCGACUUCCAGCCGUCCAUGCUGGGCCGUAAGAGCUCGUCCUCUGGGGGCCAGGGGGUGUCCAGCCCCGCCACGGGCCAGUAGUGUGGAGGGGUCAGUGGGUUCACUCCCACAUCUAGGGCUGGGAUCAGCAAGGGUCACAGGGCAAUCAGAUCCACGAGCCAGGCCCCAGCCUGUCCACCACUCAUCACAAACAGGACCUGGAUGGGGUUGCAUUCACCACCACCCGCCCUCGAUGGACGAAGACGACACUACUCUCAAUGCCUCAACACAACCUCAAUUCUCUCCAACCCUUUCCCCGAAAAGCACUCGCGCAUGCAGGGACUUGUCAAUGUCUUUAGUCCGCUGUCUCCGCACGCAGCAGCCAAAUGUUUUCCUCCUUUCUCGGUUUAUGUUAAGGAGAUGGCGCUACACGUUUUUUUUUUUUUUUACUGUGCCCGUUUUUUCUUUGUUGGCGCCAUUUUAGUGAUAUUUAGCUAGAGGCGUGUCGAGGUCGAGUGGAAGGGGAGCCGCGUUGCCGAUCCCACAGCCACAGUUUUAGAGGUUGCACAUUCCCAUGUGUUUUUGUCGUAUGAGUUUUUGUCGCUCAAAUAAAUUUAGUUGGCUUUAGGUCUUUUAUUUAUUUUUGCAAUAUUGUAUUUACUGCAUUAUUAUCAUUUAAAGCUUCACUUUCAUAGUAAUGAUGAUGAAAUGGUUUAAACCGCUCAAGACUAGCAGUUUGCAGGCCAUCCUUAUUAAUUCUAGAUCAACUGUUUGUUUUUGUUUCCACCAUCCAUGAAAGGUUGACACAUGAUACAUGUCGUAUUGUGUCGGAUACUGAUGCAAGUGCUUUAAGCUUCUAUUGUAGAGAAUAUCCUUAAAUUCUAUUAGAGGAAGUAAUGCUUGUGAUGAAUUGUAGUCCUUAUAUUAGGGGUGACGGAGUAUACGCUUGGAUAGGAUAGCGCUGCUUGUGAGUGUGCGUAAGAGAGCGUGUGUCUGUCUCUAUUUCCUUUAUGUUAGAGAAAGAGAAGACACUUUCUACUAUUUCCACUGUCUGUCCAGCAAAUGGACAUUCUUACUUUGUCUCAGUGAACAACACUUCAGGAAACUCAGAAAGCCUUAAACAAUUUCAUACCUUUUUUUUUCUCCCUUUUUAAUUUUUUUUUACCAUGUUUACAGUUUGAAUCAAUUCUACAGGUUUACUCCGACUCGUCGACACGUCACAAAUACACAUAUGCAAUAUGACACUUUUUCUUACAGGUUUUAUGAACGCUACUUGGCUAAUUUGUGUGAUAGGUAUUCACUGUGUUAAUAUGCUUCUACAAUUGAACACUGUGGAAUUUGAUAAAGAUACACGUUAUCUCAUUAUAUUUAUUAUAACCAAUGGUUAGUAAGCCACAUUUGUCCAAGUGCUUUAGGAAGUGCUAUAAAGGAUGGAUUGGGGGUUUAUUACUUGUAUUAUUACGUGUAUUUUUGUUUGUUUGCUGGUCAUUCCGGUCCUCUCUCAUCAUAUCUGGCUUUUCUCAGACACGAUAACACUGUACCCUGUGCUCUCAGAGCCCUGUUUAAAAACGGUCAUUUCCUCCACGGAAAGAUUGCAAUUGCAUGACUAAGGCACCUCCUCGUAGAGACCCUCCGAUGUCUUCCUUCUCUCAUGUCUCCACUAACAGACUGACUUUAAUUGUUCAUUUUUGCUGCGUUAUUCGAACACUGUUCGUUCCAUUGUAAUGGGAUGUAUUCAACUUUUUAAGUUGGAACGCUUUUGCCAUUUGUACACGUUUUCACAAGUUAUUACAAUCUGACAGCUGAUGGUAACUGCUGGCAGUUAUCUCAAACACACAUGGACUAUAUAACUUCAAAGGCACAAUAUUACUUGGAUACUUCUAUGUUUUUGAAUGAAUUGUGAAUGUCUCCAUGGAUCUCGUCAUUUUCUGACAUGGUGACUAAGCAAGUCUGCCUCGUCAAAAUGAUUAUUUCACAUACGAGUAACAAUAAUUUACCUCACAAUUUGUUUUGUGUAAUAUUUAUCUUCCCUUGGAAAGUAGUUGGAUCAAAAUGCUUCUAAAGCCAAUCGAGCCUUCGGUUUGAACUUCUUCUGUUCUUCAAUUGAAAACUACACUCUGCCAGAGAAAACGUCUCUUUAGUUUGUCUUGUCUAUCUUCUUAUGUAUGCUGUGUGUACAGAGUUUUGAUUGUGCUUAAUAUUUUUUAAAUAUUUUUUUCAUAGUAUUUUUUACUUACCCCAGGGUGUUCAGUAGUGCUGAUCAUCAGUUUUGGCAUGCGCCUUAUACAAAUGUGCUGUUAUGUAUCACUACCCUGCACAAUAUUGAAGAUUUCAAUUUGGACCUACAACGUUAGAUGUAUCAAUAGAUGAGUUCUGUAACCUACAUAAGAACUUCAUAACCCAUACAUUUCAUCAACUCCAAUGUCAACGACCGCAAAUUGAUAUCUCAGUUAUGUCCCUAUUUUCCGUUUAACAUAGGGAUUUAUGAAAUACUCAUUACCUGCUUAAUGUAUGAGUUAUGAAGUCCUUUAUGUCGGUAAUCCUUCACAUAAAAUUACCAAUUAAUCAAUAGAGAUUUGACAAACCACUUAAACUGGCUUUGGGGGGGACAAACAAUCAUAUCUCUAACUAUUUAAUUCACUUCGCUGAACACCUAGGGCAAACGAUGCCUAUUGUUUCUCACCAUACACCAAUGAAUAAAUACAAAUAGGCACAGCUGUAUUGUGCAUACAAAACCAAUGUUUUUAGAUUUUUUUUAAAGCUACGUUUUUACAUGAAUUAAUUAUUUAAGAAACGGCUUUAUUACAGCUUUGUUUUACGUCGAUGAGAGGAACUGUGGAAAUAAUUGAAUACAGCUGCGACAUGCUCUCUGAUAUUUAUACUCUCAGGUGUCUUAAGAAUUGAGCGCUGGAACUUCCAUAUUUCCUGUGCAACACCCACGUCUAAGCAUGUGUUUCUAUUAUUUCGCUGAUUUAAUUUAUUAUGACUUAUCAUUUGUGUGGUUUCAUUCUUUUUAUCGCUCAUUAUUUUUUGUGAUAUGGAACAAUGCUAAUAAUUUGGUUCCAUUGUUUGCUUGAUACAAAACUGCCAGUGCUUUUAAAAAAAAUAAUUAAUAAAUACAAACCUUAAGUUGAAUGUUUUGGUUGUGUGGGUCAUGUUCUUCUUAAUAGGUGACUUAACAGAUGCUAUUAACUUGAAACUGUAUUUAAAUGUUCAGUUAUACUUGACAUACAUUUAUUGUUAAAGGGAAGGUUGUCUGAGAUGGCAUUUAAAGUAAGGAACAUUUGAUCAAUCCCUUUUUGAAAUGUAUAAUUCAAAUGACAAUAUUACAUUGGGUUUCUUACCCUGUAAGCAGUCUAUAGACGAAGUAUGAUAUGAAAGAAAUGCAUGCCUUGGUUGUUUACCUGGCCACUGCUAAUUGAUUUGCAUCUGUGGCACAAUGCAAAGCAAUGGUUCCUAUAUUAGUAUUGUUUACGCUUUGUCCAAAUCAUCUAUAAGUAGUGCCGAGCGAUUAACCGAAUGUUCAGUUAUUUUUCGCUUUUUACACAACUAAUUCAUGAACAUUGGUUCACUUAUUAGUAUUCCAUUUCUUUGUUUGUUUCUGUGAGCUCAAUGCGCACAUUGCACUGCAGUUUCUCUAGAAAGAAAUCAGAUCAUGCCUGUACUGUGCAAUGUAGUAGGAGUUGUAGUUUCCAACAGGCCAAUGUUGUACAUAGUUUAGCACAGCAAAUGUGAUCAUUAACUACAUUGAGCAUAAUCCACUGCGUGGCUAUAUGUCCGGUCUGUGAGGAGAUACGUAGAGAGCAGUUGCCUUGUAAGAUAUUGGUAUUCAGCAGUCAUAAAAAUAUGCCUUAUUU